AUGGGCUUUCACUCUCCCCUCCGCAAAUCCCACCUCCAACCUUCUACCACCGCGGCACCUCCCUCCUCCUACUCUCGUCAAACCGGCUCGACCUUCCGGGACUCACUCAGGCGUAUUCCAUCCUCCAUCUUCACCCGCGGCGAUACCAAGAAGGAGAUGGAGCGGAAGAAGAGCGUGGAUAAGCUUAACAUGGAGCCUAUCCCGGCUAAGAUGGCGGUACGAGCACCUAUAGUGGAAGCCGGGAUGAUCAAGGAGAAGGAGAAGAAGGUCAAGACCAAGACUCGCAAGGCGCUCGGAGAGCUCUUUGGUUGGGGAAACUCGGCUUCAUCCGCCCCUACCCACCCCGUCAUAUCUCCUCCGUCCCCACUUCGCUGCGCACUCCCGACUCUGCCCAGUAAAGCUCCCACUCCGCCAAUCAAGGAUCACACCAUCCUCCGGAAAGCUCCUCCCUCUGCUAUCCCCCGCAAGCCAUCCUUUGGCUCCAUCGUCUCUCGGCCCACCGUCACCGCCCUCCGCGCGCCCUCUCCCCUCAACUACGGUCGACCCAGUAUCGGAGACGACCCAUUCGGGCGGGAUGACAACGGAGCGGAAGUCGUCACCCAUGCGCCGAAGCGGGACACCCAGACCCCUUCGAUCAAGAGCGACUUUUCGGCGGAAAGGAGGAGGGACAGCUGUCACAGCGGAAAGGCGCUAUCGACCAAGACGGUAGCAAGUGAUGAGGUCAGCGUUCAUGGAGUAGCUAUGCGAGCUCGUAUGUCCAGUCCGCGCCGGGUCACCAUGGCCUCCGUCAUCGAGGAGAAGAAGCGCAUGUCCAACUCUCCCCCGCGUCCCAACUCUCACUCGGCACCUACUCUUAAUCCCCUCAUCGCUCCUCCACCCCGGUCCGACUCACUCAAUCGUGACCUCUUCCCCGCGCCUCGCCAGGCAGCACCCCACCCUCGCGUCCGGGUCACCAAUGCGCCGAUGUACGCUUCUGCUCCGGCUCCACCUCCCACUCCGGCGCCCGCGCUCGUCCCUGCGCCGCCCAGCGCGUCCACCAAGAAGCCCUCGAUGGCUGGUCUCAAGAAGGAGAAGACAAGGAGCAGGGUCUGGGGGUUCUUGGGAAAGAAGAGUGGGAAGGCGAAGGAGGAUAAGGAGAAUGAGCAGCCAGAAUUGGUCGAGACUAUCAACUCGAGACCAUUUGUGCUCGGCAGCAACGUCCAGGUCCUCCACCACGGCAUCUCCCGCCCUAACAUCUCCGCGUCUCACGUCUCCCCUCCCUUCAGACCCGCCGUCCCGGUUUUCCACGUCUCGCAUCCCUCGGUCGACACCAGCUCCGCCACCUGCGCCGACAGCCCAUGCCCCAUUCGCAAGGACCUCCAACCCGAAUAUGGCUGGAACAACACCCUUAUCGUCGAUGCGCCCAAUAAGCGGGACUCAGGAUCUACCAUCGCGUCCUUCUCCGACUUCAAGGCGGCUAUCGAAGAGGCGAACAAUGGCGGACACGGUACCAGUACAACCGGAGCCGAGCACUGCGCCCAGCUUCUCGCCGGCCCGAAAGCCCUUCCCAAGCGCAAGAGUCUCAGCGGUCUCUUCGGCCUCGACAUCAAGGGGAGCUCGUCUGACCUUCAGGCGCCGCUGGUCUCUGCCAGGUCGUUCGCUAGCGACCACUCCGGCUUUGACUGGUCUCCACCCAAGCUUCGCCCUCUUUCGGAGGAGAUGAAUGAGAUGACUUUCGGUUCGUUCAGCGGGAAUGAUCUAGGCAAUCCUACGUUGCAGAAGCCGGACCCGAGUCUGCGGCGAGUCGCCUCCGCCACCGACAAGCUGGUCAGCCUAGUCUCCAACUUUGACUUUAGCCCGGCUCCAUCGCCCGCCAAUCCCCGUAUCGCCCCUGUCGCAUCCUUCACAUCCCUCCGACACCGGAUCUCCAACUCCCCCACCCCGAUCCGCAAGGUCAAAUCCGCCAUGCUCUUCCACAAGUCCAACAUCCCUCCGGUCAAGGCUUCCGCCAUCAGUCCGCUCAAGUACGUCCUCCACCGCGCGCACGUGCGCAAGAUGGACGGCGUGGGAAUCUGCGCCGAGAAGCCCGAUACCGACUCUCCGCCGCCCAGCAGUCUCGUCAAGCGGGGUAUGCGGAACCCUUUCGCUCCUCCGUCCCCGGACCGCGGGUCAGGCGGAUCUACUACUCCAGCGGUCGUCGCUGGCUCGCCUCUAGCCAAGCGGGCUCGCGAUCCCAUUGCUUUCGGUCCAGCGAUGGGCUUGGCGGGCUUUAUGGAUGAGCAGACGAGCGGGGAUGUCGGGGAUGUACCGGCGGACCUGCAGGCGAUGUUUAUGGGUCUACAAGGCGAGGAUGCGGACCUCGGCGCAUUAGGUCUGCCCGUUCCCCCGAUGGAUCGGGUCGCACCUCGUCGUCCCGCCAGAGCCGCGCCCAAGAUCUCCCUCCCUCCCGUCCCUCCUCCCGCUCGGCCAUCGACAACUUCCACGCCUCUCUCGGUCAACAUCAAGACUGUCAUCGACCAGGACCAAGACUUUGCGGUCGACCAGUAUACCACCCCGAUCGACAAUCGGAAGUCGUUCGACUUCGUCAACAACAGUAGCGGAAACCGGGACUCGUUUGACUUUACAAGCGAGUACGAGGAGCUCGAUAGAGGGACGCACCGGGCGUCCUUCGUCGAGGCUCUUCAUCGGAUCGGGAGCUCAGACAUGCUCAAGGCCAAGAUGGCGGAUCUUCCUGCUCUUCCUCCCCUCCCCGCCGGCCCACUCUGGACCAUCGAGCAGUCCCCCGACUCGGUCCGGACCCUCAAGAUGGGCGAUACCCACGCGGAUAGAUUUGCGGACGCUCCCGAGCCUACGGUCACCCGCUACGUCUCCCCCGCUCGACCCCGGAAGGCUCCCUUCCAGGGUACAUUUGCGUUCCAGCAGCAAAUCAUCGGCAAGACCAGCCCGAAUCUUCCACCUCCGGUCCCACCUCUUCCUGCCCACUUGGCUCCAGAGUCCAUCUGGACCAAGAGCCACUCGCGCGGCGAGUCCGGGUUGAGUAUCGCUACUCUAUCAAGCGUCGGGAGCGUCAUCGACACGGCGGAGACUGCUCGGGAGUACACCAACUACUUUGAGGUCAACUUUACGCAGCACCUCGCCAAGCAGACCAGCGCGACACAGGCGCACAGCCGUGGCACCAGCAUCGACUCGCUUUACCUCGACACCUCGGACCCACGGGCGCCUACUCGGCGGGCACACCAUCGUCGGAACUCGUCCAUCAUCUCGGUCGAGUCUAUCGGCGUGCCCGGGCAGGUGCUCUCUACCGGUCUUCCCCCGAACAGCCUAUACAAUAAUGUCCGCCGGUCCGGCUAUAUCUCGAAGCAUCGGCGAGACGGGUCGACCGACUCGGCGUUUGGUCGAUCGGACUGGGCAAGCCAUCGUCGGUCCAUGUCUACCGAGAGCACCACGUCUGUCACGUCCGUCUCGCGCAUCGUGCGCCCGGGACUCGGGGACCGGAUGUUCAAGCUGGACGGAGGGGUCCAACUGUCAUCCAUCACGGGCUCGCCGGCCGAUGCGCUUACGCACAACCGGGGUCGGAGCGGGAGCUGGGCAAGCUCGGAUCGGGAGGAGGUAUCGUAUGACACCAUCCUUGAUGGCUCGCCCAAGGAUGCUAUCUUUGACUCGCUCUUCGAUGGUCGGGGCGUGGCGUCCGGGUCGGAGACGGAGGCGGAAGCCGAGGCUGAGCGGCACUCGCUCUCGUCGAGCUCAACGGAGAAGCGGUUCUCUGGCUUAUCAGAGUCAGUCUUUGGCGCAGAUACCGAGGAGGCGGUGAUCAAGCAGGGGUUCUUCCUCAAGGGGAUGAGGCCCGUCUCUGCCAUUAGCUCGGGUUUGAGCUCGGAGAACGGGGAGGACACCUUCUUGGAUAUUAAGCGGUACAUCAAGCGGGCGAAGGAGGAGUGCUUUGAGAGUCCCGGGGAGGAGCAUAUGACGCCGAUCCAGGAGACACUCAGAAGAAGCACAGGUACCUCUUCCCUCUCCGGCUCGUUCCCCCGUCCCGCUAAGCCCAACUCGGCACGCCGUCGUCGUCCCGCCCACCUCGUAUUCGGUAUGGCGGACCCCAGCACCCCUGGCCUCACCUCCCCCUCCACCUCGGAGACCUCAUCCCGCCUCUCUCUCGAGACCCGCUUCUCCUCGGAGCGGAGCAUGGGCCACUUCCGCCAGAAAUCAUCCGCCAACAUCCACACCCAAGCGACCAUCAAGGAGGAGAUCUCUCUCGCUACUCUCCGCCCACCAAAGUCAUCCUCCAGUCCCAGGGUCCGCAUUGUCCUUUCCCGAGAGAACCUGCGUCGGCAGGAUACCCUGGCGGCGUACGAGUCGGACGAGGACAAGGACGACGACUCGACCGAGUCCAUCACUGCCUGGCUGCGGUUCCAGCGGGAAGCGGACGAGGUGUGUCGCCGUACCAAGUCGGACUUCCGGGACUCGGCCGAGAGCCGCGCGGCUGUAGCGGAGUUCCAAGGUCAGACACGGUUCUCCCCGCAGAGCGUUGCGGACUUUCUCGCUCAAUCUGCGGCGGUCUACAAGCCGCUCGAGAAGGCCAUCCCGACCCAACGGCCUAGGGAUCAGGCGCAUCGUCGUAAAGUGUCCCUCGCGGAUGCUCGGGCCCUUACUUCGCCGUACGGUCUCCCCCUCCCCAAGCCGGCCACGGUCAACAAGCCCCGCGGGAGCUUGACGACCAAGUUUGAACGGAGCAACUCGGCUGCCUCGUACAUUUCCAGCGAAGACGGCGCGGGCGCGGGCGGCGACGGUACUCCCAAAUCCGGAAUCUUUGAUCAUCUCAUGUCGGAUCUCGUACCCUCGCCCCGCCGGUCUCCUCCACGGUCUGCACCACCACCCAGCACCGGCGUGUUUGCGGGGUUCCUGCAUCAGCGUCAAUCGCCAUCAGGGGACGUGUUCAAUCUCGCGAGCCACGCCGCGGGCGGGCAGCAGAAGAGGGGCAAGGCGUCGGAUCCACCCGCGCGGACUCAACCGCUCGUUUCGCUCUCAAAGGAGAACCAGGCUGUCGGACCGGCGGAUAACCGGGCGCGGGUCGACUCGGGAACAAGGCGCAAGGCGCUCGGAUGGGGGAGGCGGCGGAAUUCGGAUGGACCGGCGCAGGUCGUGCAGAGCAAAGUCGUUCCUCUGGGAGUGGGGUUGGGACCGAGAAUGGCAAGAGCGGCGGUGAUGAAGGAUAAAGAGAAUGCUGUGGUUCCACCAGUGCCGGCGAUUAAGAUGAAGAGUAUCCCUCGACCUCGCUACCCGAGCGGUGCGCGUCCUGCUCAGCGAGCUGCUGGACCCAUUGGCGGGCGAGCGAUGCGUGCUUGA